GUCGAAGGUUUAGGAAGACAAGUCUUGUCGAGACCUUCAUCAAGAUGCAGAUCUUCGUCAAGACCCUCACGGGUAAGACUAUCACCCUCGAGGUGGAGUCCUCGGACACCAUUGACAAUGUCAAGUCCAAGAUCCAGGACAAGGAGGGUAUCCCCCCCGACCAGCAGCGUCUGAUCUUCGCUGGUAAGCAGCUCGAGGACGGCCGUACUCUUUCGGACUACAACAUCCAGAAGGAGUCCACCCUCCACCUGGUGCUCCGCCUGCGUGGUGGUGGUAAGAAGCGCAAGAAGAAGGUCUACACCACCCCCAAGAAGAUCAAGCACAAGCACAAGAAGACCAAGCUUGCCGUCCUCAAGUACUACAAGGUCGACGGUGAUGGCAAGAUCGAGCGUCUUCGCCGCGAGUGCCCCUCCCCCGAGUGCGGUGCUGGUAUCUUCAUGGCCGCUAUGCACAACCGCCAGUACUGCGGAAAGUGCCACCUCACCUACGUCUUCGACGAGUCCAAAUAAAUGGACGAAGUCGAUCGUUUCGCCAUGUCUUCUUUCCGGUAGCGCCUAGCAAUGUCGGUCGUGAAUGUGUGGUGGAUGAGGUUGGGACGUGUGCGCUUUGAUCGUCCCAUAGUGCCCGAG